ACACACACAGUUUGGCUCCUUCCAGUGUGUGUGUGUCUGUGAGCGUGUGUCGCUGCUGCCGCUGACUCGAUGGCAGAUAAGACCGAGCUGCUGAGCAGAGAGCGGGCUCUGAGGGGGAGGCAGGAGAAAAUGGUCGUGGCAGACAAGCAUGCAGUCAGUGGGAAUCCCACUGUGGAGCCUUUUCCAGAAGGCAUGGAGACCAUCAUGUUUGGUAUGGGCUGUUUCUGGGGCGCAGAGAAACUUUUCUGGCGACUUCCAGGGAUCUUCUCCACACAAGUGGGCUACGCAGGCGGUUUCACACCCAAUCCCGACUACCACGAGGUUUGCUCAGGUCUGACGGUUCACACUGAGGUGGUGAGGGUGGUCUUCUCCCCUGAAGACAUCAGUCUUGAAGAACUGCUUAAACGCUUUUGGGAGAACCACAAUCCUACACAAGGUAUGAGGCAGCAGGGGGACCACGGUUCUCAGUAUCGUUCAGCUAUUUACACAUCCAGCCCCACUCAACUGGAGCGGGCAUUGAAGAGCAAAGUGGUCUACCAGCAGGAGUUGGAUAAAAAAGGCUUCGGCCCCAUAACAACAGAGAUCCGGGAGGGGCAGCAGUUUUACUACGCUGAGGACUAUCACCAGCAGUACCUGAAGAAAGUACCGAAAGGUUUCUGUGGCCUCAAAGGCACCGGAGUCUCGUGUCCCAUCGGAGCCACAGAGGAUGAAGUGUGAGAUUACAUAUAGAGAAGGGAUCAGGUGAUGGAUAAGUAUUUUUGUAUGGGUACAAAUGUUGUCAUUAACUGUUAUUAUAUGUAUGAAUAUUCCUAAUGUAUGUGUAAGUAUUUUUAACUUAAGAUCAUGUAAAAUCAUUUCUAAUUACUAAGUCCUCAAUAAGUGCUCGCUUGU